AACCAAACAAAAAGGAAGAGCUGGCUUCCCCUUUCGUACACGCGGACAGCAAGCAUGCAAGAAGCACAGCCCGUCCAGCACUUGGCCGCCGCGUGUUGUUGAACCCGCCGCCGCGCGCACCGGCCACCGUCCCCAUCCUCCCAACCCGCUGCCCUUGUUUGGCCUGCGAUUUUUCCCGGCGGAACGCGCAGGGAGAGAGAAAAAAAAAAGAGGGCUCCCCCGGAACGAAGUACCUGUGGUGCGUUCCUCUCUUCUGUGCUACACCGACGAGAGGCCCUGGGCAAAGGGACGAGUUCUGUACGCGCCGCCUUUUUGAGGCAAGCAGGCAGGCAGGCAGGCAGGCAUUCGACGGAGCCUCGCGCGCCUCCCCCCCCGGUGUCGGUCACAUCCCCAGUGGCGCCGACUUGGGACCGGCCGCUCGCCUCCGUCGCGCGCCGUCUACGAUCUACGUACCAAGUAGCAGCAGCACCCACCCGGCCGCCCCUUGACUUCUGGGGCUCACGUCCAACGCCAGGCCCCAUCCGUCGUCUCUCCCGUUACCACAGCUGCCGAGCUUCGGCCACGAAGCAAAUUGGAAACGCUUCCAGCUUCUUCUCCAACUGUUGGAGAAAGUCGGGGCAGCCACACGCACGGCCGCGCGCGCCGCUCACGCCGCGGUACAGUAAUCGCACUCACACCCACCAACCCCACAGACGUAACCACUGCCUGGGCACGUCUUUUUCCCGCCGUUGGUGCUCCCGGCAUUGGCUCUGCUCUGCUUUGGCCCUCUCCAACUUCACCCGUCCACCUCCGUCGUCGUCCGCCGAGCGCAACACGCCGCUGCCCCUGCGCCGGCAACACGCCUCUCUCGAAACGGCCCCUUCCAUCGCAGUUGGCCCUCCGCCUGCUCCGGCCCUCAACCACAAUAGUACCACUCACUUCAUUGGACGCGGCUCUACCAGCCUGCUUCUUCAGCGGCGCUCGUAUUGGCUUGCACCCGGACCAGCCUGCACUUGGGCUCAUUUUGUUCCGACUCAAGUACCCGGUACCUCAUCCAGUACUCGACUGUAUUCAUACCUCCAAACUACCUACCUUGGCUCGGGAUCGCUUCGCUUCCUCUCACCCCCAUCCCAUAUUCACUCAUCUCGCCGUUCCGUCCGCCUCUUGCGCUCCUUCUUCCUCCAAACAUUUUCUCUCCACUCUUCCUCCUAUUCCUACUCCUCCUCCUUCUCGCUCUCACCCUCGCGCCCUCCUCCAUCGCACUCUGGGCUGGCAUCCUCUGUUGCUGCCAGCAUCUGAAACCAGUCCGCCUACACCAGGCGCGCACCAAGCAAACCUGUCAGUCUAUCCUCCGACACGCCCUGGUUGCUUCCCCGUCUCUCCGUUCCCCUGGCCCGCCAUCCCCUCCCCCUUCCCGCUCCCCUUGGUGGCCCAGCGAUUGCCUCCCCCCUGUCCCCCAUGCAGCGGCACGCUCUCGCGAUGUGGACCGGGCCUCCCCUCCGCCGCGGACCGUCCCCCAGCGUGUUAAUAAACGGUCGGUCCCGCCGUCGUCUGCUCGCCGCUGCUGCUGGUGAACAACAACAGCAUCAAGGCCCCUCCUUUGUCCCGUCCGCGUCCAGGUUGUCUGCCGCUCGUGGUCCUGCCCUGCAUCAGCAUCAGCACCAUCACCAGUCCGCACUGCCCUCUGCCUCUUCUGCAACGAGACCGGCACUCCCCGCUCCGGUGCCCGGCUCGUUUCUCCCCAACACCGCCAUGUCCAUGGCCUCGUACUCGUACACCGUUGAUAGUUCCGACAACUCUUCAACCCCUCGGUCCUCUUCCCCUUCAUCGUCCGUAUACUCUGGCCGCUCCUCUCGCACGUCCCUGUCUAAUAAGCGCUUGUCCCUUUCUGGCCGUCGCAGACUCACAGACUUUAACCCCAUGGCAUCUGUUGACGUCGUCGCAAUUCAAGAAGCAAUGAGACUCACAGCCCUCGACCAGCACCGUGGGUACGCCCAGGACCACUUCCAAGAGGUCCAGCAACACCGCGACACCGAGUAUCUCUCGCACACGCAGGCCGCCGGCUAUCAGGUCAUCCGCGAGCCCUUAUGGAAUAAGGGCCUGUCAUUUAGCCCCGACGAGCGUAUUGCCAAGAACCUCACCGGUCUGUUGCCGCACGCCAUGGAGAGCCUGACGCAGCAGUGCGCCAGGGCGAUGAAGAUGAUCGAGACGCGCCAGACCAACAUCGACAAGUAUCUCUACCUGUCGUCGGUUAAGGCCCAGAAUACCGACCUCUUUUAUCGCCUGCUCAUGGACAAUAUUCGCGAACUCAUGCCCCUGGUCUAUACCCCGACGAUUGGCGACGUCUGCCUGCAAUAUUCGACCUUGUACACGCGCCCCGAGGCCCUGUAUAUCUCCAUUAAGCAGCGCAAGUCGAUUCGCACGAUGCUCAGGAAUUGGCCUUGCCCCAACCCUGAGAUCUGCGUUGUCACGGACGGUUCCCGUAUCUUAGGUCUGGGAGACUUGGGCGUCAACGGCGUCGGUAUUUCGAUCGGUAAGCUGUCUCUGUAUACCGCUGCCGCUGGUAUCCACCCGGAGAAGACACUGCCCAUUGUUCUGGACUGCGGCACGGACAACGAAACGAAUCUGCAGGACCCUCUGUAUCUUGGUCUACGCCAAAAGCGCGUCUCCAAGGCCGACCAGCAGGCGUUCAUGGACGAGUUCAUGGAGGCAGUCAAGGACGUCUAUCCCGAAAUGGUUGUCCAGUUUGAGGAUUUCGAGAGCGAGAAAGCCUUCAACUACUUGGACCGUUACAGAAACACCCACAGGUGCUUCAAUGACGAUAUCCAAGGUACUGGCGCUGUCGUCCUAGGCGGUUAUAUUGGCGCUGUGAACCUAUCCGGUGUUCCCCUGGAGGAGCAGCGUCUGGUCUUCAUGGGUGCCGGCUCAGCCGGCGUUGGCGUGGCCAAGCAGCUCGUUGAAUACUACACUCGUAGGGGUCUCUCAGAAGCUGAGGCUCGCGACAAGUUCUGGCUUGUCGACACCAAGGGUCUUGUCACUAAGGACCGUGGUGACAAGCUUGCUGAGCACAAGAAGUAUUUCGCUCGCCACGACAACAACGGCCAUCAGUUCCGCACCCUGGAAGAGGUCAUCGAGUACGUCAAGCCCAGCGCGCUAGUUGGCUUGACCGCCACCUUUGGCGUCUUCACCGAAUCAGUGGUGCGCGCUCUGAAGGCUUCCGUGGACGCCGGCGGCAUGGGUCGCCGUCCUAUCCUGUUCCCGCUCAGUAAUCCUUUGACCAAGGCUGAGUGCACGUUUGAGCAGGCCGUGCAAUGGACUGACGGUACUGUCAUCUUCGCCUCGGGCUCCCCAUUCCAGUCCUUCAGCUUGAAGGUUGGUGGAGAGGCUGGAUCGGUCACAUACCACCCUAACCAGGGCAACAACGUCUAUGUGUUCCCUGGUCUGGGUCUGGGUGCCAUCCUUUCCAAAGCCUCGCGCGUCACCGACGACAUGGUCUACAUGUCUGCAGAAGCUCUUUCAGGCACCCUCAAUGCGGACGAGAUCCACAAGGGCCUCAUCUACCCCAGAAUCGAGCGUGUGCGUGACGCAAGCAUUGUCGUGGCGCGAGAGGUGAUGAAGGCGGCUCGUCGCGACGGCGUCUCGGAGCUGCCCGAUUCCCUGUGGGCAGAGUGGGAGGAGUGGGGUGACGUCGCGCUCACGACGUAUAUCAAGCAGCGCAUCUAUGACCCUGCUUGCUUCUCCGACCCUGGGCGUCACCUCUGCGCCACGUGCUCGCAAGAGCACAAGGGCCCUUCUAUGCUGAGGAAGGAGAAGGAGUCUCAUCUGUGAGGUUCAUGAAGCUAGGACUACUGCCCACGACCACAUUGACGAGCCUGUGAAAAGGGAUAAUUGUGAUGAGCAUAUGGGAGGGAUGGCGUUUUAUGGUUGAAAGCUGCGCUGCCUUGCUCCGGCAAGAGUCGGUCACCGACAAGCAGCGGUUUCGUUCUGGGUAAAGCUGCGCUAGAUACACUCGUUAGCCACGGUCAGACGAUGUGCGGCUUGCACUCAGCUGGUAUAAUUUCAGCGAUUCUUGGCAUAUGCCAGGGACAGACAGAAUGCAACAAGACAGUGCCGUUUUCGAUGAUGCCGACUG